CCGCCCAGGCAUACACAGAAAUGGGGACUGUGAGCAGAAGCAACAUCGCUCGCCAUCUGCAAGCCAAUCUCAUUCUAUAUUGUGUCGGUGCUGUGGGCGCCUGUACUGUCUCUGUCACACAACCGUGGUACCUAGAAGUGGACUACACUCAUGAGGCUGUCACCAUAAAGUGUACCUUCUCUGCAACUGGAUGCCCUUCUGAGCAACCAACACGCCUGUGGUUUCGCUACGGCGCUCACCAGCCUGAGAACCUAUGCUUGGACGGGUGCAAAAGUGAGGCAGACAAGUUCACAGUGAGGGAGGCCCUCAAAGAAAACCAAGUUUCCCUCACUGUAAACAGAGUGACUUCAAAUGACAGUGCAAUUUACAUCUGUGGAAUAGCAUUCCCCAGUGUGCCGGAAGCAAGAGCUAAACAGACGGGAGGAGGGACCACACUGGUGGUAAGAGAAAUUAAGCUGCUCAGCAAGGAACUGCGGAGCUUCCUGACAGCUCUUGUAUCACUGCUCUCUGUCUAUGUGACUGGUGUAUGCGUGGCCUUCAUACUCCUCUCCAAAUCAAAAUCCAACCCUCUAAGAAACAAAGAAAUAAAAGAAGACUCACAAAAGAAGAAGAGUGCUCGGCGUAUUUUUCAGGAAAUUGCUCAAGAACUAUACCAUAAGAGACAUGUGGAAACAAAUCAGCAAUCUGAGAAAGAUAACAACACUUAUGAAAACAGAAGAGUACUUUCCAACUAUGAAAGACCAUAGAAAGGUUUUAAUUUGCAAUUAAGUCACUGAAAAUCCAACUCCAGGAGCUAUGGCAGUGUUAAUGAACAUAUAUCAUCAGGUCUUAAAAAAAAAUAAAGGUAAACAGAAAAGACAACUGGCUACAAAGAAGGAUGCCAGAAUGUAAGGAAACUAUAACUAAUAGUCAUUACCAAAAUGUUAAAACCCAACAAAAUGCAACUGAAAAAUACCUUCCAAAUUUGCCAAGAAAAAAAAAUUCUAUUUUAAACAUGUAUCCUGAGUUUGUUUCAUUCAACAUGAGAUGUGCGAUGACUGCCAUCCUGAAGAUCUGAAACCAAACCAUGUGCCUCAGUCUUGAGUGGAAGACUUUAUGGUUUGUGGAAAUCAUGGCACAAUUAAAGUAAGUUGGGAGGGACAACGUGACAAAAUUUGAGUUAGAGACAUUCAUUCUGAAAAGCACCUUAGUAAAGUUAUUUCCUCUGAUGUUGUAAUGGGGCAAUGGGAUAAUGCACAUUUGCCUGCCAGGGUAUGCAAAGUAACUUACAUCAUGCUAUCAGCAAAAUGAGAAUAGAACAGUGGCUAGAGUAAGACCAUAAAAGCCAAAAUACAGAAAAUCCAAAGCUGAAGGUUAAACAGAGGAAACUUCAGAACAAGUAAGCCACAACUGACUCUAGAUGUCAGUGUUGUGCCAAAUAACAGCACCAGGGAAGAUGUGGGCAACACAUCUACUUUACAAGCACGUUUGUAGUACUGAUUUUUUCUUUUUUUUUUUUUUUUUUUUUUUUUUUGAGACAGUCUCGUUCUGUCGCCCAGGCUGGACUGCAGUGGUGCAAUCUCGGCUCACUACAACCUCCACCUCCCGGGUUCAUGCCAUUCUUCUGCCUCAGUUUCCCAAGUAGCUGGGAUUACAGGUGCGCACCACCACACCCGGCUAAUUUUUUUUUUUUUUUUUGUAUUUUUAGUAGAGACGGAGUUUCGUCAUGUUGGCCAGGCUGGUCUCAAACUCGUGACCUCGGAUGAUCUGCCUGCAAUGGCCUCCCAAAGUGCUGGGAUUACAGGCGUGAGCCACCGCACCCAGUCUAUAAUACUGAUUUUUAACCAAUUUAGGAGGGAAAUGUCAGGUAAGAGGCAUGGUACAAGGAUAUUUAUGGAAUUCAUUACCACUUCACUAAGAAAACAUGAUAUAAAUUGUCCUCUGAAAGCUACUUUGGUACAAAAAAAUCUAAAGUGCCCAUAAGUAUGCAUUCAUUAUUAGACACAAAUUACAACCUUACAACCUACUAUGUUUAUUUCAUUAAAGUGUCUCUUUUAGGCCGGGUGUGGUGGCUCACGCCUGUAAUCCCAGCACUUUGGGAGGCCAAGGCGGGUGAAUCAUGAGAUCAGGAGUUCGAGACCAGCCUGACCAACAUGAUUAAACCCGUCUCUACUAAAAAUACAAAAAAAAAUUAGCAGGGUGUGGUGGCACACACCGGUAGUACCAGCUACUUGGGAGGCUGAGGCAGGAGAUCGCUUGAACCCGGGAGGCGGAGGUUGCAGUGAGCUGAGAUCACGCCACUGCACCCCAGCCUGGGUGACAGAGCAAGACUCUGUCUCAAAAAUAAAUAAAUAAAUAAUUAAAUAAAUAAAAUAAAGUGUUUCUUUUAAACUGGUAUUGCCUAAGGUGCAUUCUUUAUAAAACUUAGAAUUGUUAAAUAUUUUAAGAUUCCUUCGAAAGUGUUUUUGCAUUGAUGGUUUAAAUCAGUGAUAUCAAACUUUCCUGAUCAUAUGUGCCCAGAAAAAUGGGCAGGGGAAAGGAGGUGGCAUGGAACCUCAUUUUUUUGUGUGUAUCUGUGUAUACACGUGAGUGCACAUGUGUAUAUGUGUGGGGCCACAUGUGUUUUGUAUACAGUAUAUGCAUGAAUAUAUACGUUUGUACCUUAUACACAAAAACAAAUUAAACAAUGGCAUAAGCAGCAAUAUAAAUAAAAAGUGCUAAUAUUUUCCUGCCAUAUUCAAAAAUAAA